AGUGAACACCUGCUGGAUCAGAAUGGACCACGCAUACACCCCUUCGCAUCCUUCCUCAUCGCACGCUGCUCACAGUGCUGCCCUGCCCCAAGGAAACACCAACGAACUUAAUCCGAAUCCUGGAAUGUAUAUGGGUAUGCCCUGGUCCCAGCCGGCAUAUGCUCCUCAGCACUAUCCUUCCCUAUCCGUCUCAACACUACCUUCCGCAACCCGACAAUGUCUCGGCCGGUCAAAAGCGUGUCGCGGAAGAUCUUGGGGACGACAAAGCAAGCAAGAAAAGCAAGCUUCCAAAAAAGAUAUCGAAGGACCCGGAAUUUGUGCAACUGCCAGACGAGAAUGGUCGCCGGGUCAUCAAAUGCUUGAGGUGUGAUGAAAAAAUGAAUUCUACGAGCUAUGGCAAGCACAUCCAGACGUUAAAACAUCGAGGCCUCACAGAAGGAGAAUUUAUCUGCGGUUGUGGCCACCCGUAUAGCAGGAUAGAUGCUCUGGAGAGGCACUGGAAAGAUUCUCCCUGUGGCAAGAAACGCAAGAUGUGCAAACGGCCAUCCUCCUCAAUCCCUAGUCAAGGCUCGACGAGUUCCGCUUCUGCUUCGCCUGCGGCAGUUCCCCACCGCCCCUUUCACCUUCCACGCUCCUGCAGCCGACGUGUCAAUGUCCAGUGGCUUGAUGACAUCCAACGUCGCAGAGUACGUGCACAUCUCGCCCCAGGUUACGCAAUCGCAGGAAACGACCACUCCCGCGGAUCACUUACUGUCCGCCCCUGUUGAAAGCGUAGACCCUGUUGUGACAGCCCUGUUCACG